AUUGAAUGGUCAUCUUCCCCCAAAAUGACGCAGCAGAUGCGGGACCUGCAGCUGGCGCAGGCCAGGAAGCCACCAGGCCCUUCCUCGCCAAACGCGGCCAAGAGACUCUACCGAAACCUCUCGGGGAAAUUCCGCGUCAACUACACGUCCUUUGACGAGGGCAGCCUGGCGGGACGGGGCGAGAAGGAGAAGCUCCGCAAGUCCUACCUGUUCCAGAGCAAUGCUGCCCUCUUCGAGGCGGUGGAGCUGCAGGACCUAGACAGGGUCCAGGAGUUGCUGAAGCAGUACAGCCCCGAGGAGCUGGACCUCAACACCCCCAACAGCGAGGGCCUACUGCCCCUGGACAUCGCCAUCAUGACCAACAACGCUCCCAUCGCCAGGGCUCUGCUGCAGGCAGGAGCAAAGGAGAGCCCGCACUUCGUGAGCCUGGAGAGCCGCUCGCUGCACCUCUCCACGCUGGUGCGGGAAGCAGAGCAGCGCGUCAACGAACUGACGGCGCAGGUGGUGAACGAGGCGCCCAACGCCGACUGCUCCGAGAAGGAGAAGCAGCUCAGAGCCUGGGAGUGGCGAUACCGGCUUUACAAGCGCAUGAAGGCAGGGUUUGAGCAUGCCCGAGUGCCAGAUGCCCCCACCAACGUCCACCUCUCCGUGGCCAGCAGCUCCUCAGUGCAGGUGACCUUUUGGGAGCCCCUGAGUGUCAAUUCGGCUGUUGUCACCAAGUACAAAGUGGAGUGGAGCUGCUCCCCCACCUUCUCGCCGCCGCUUGGGGAGGCCGUGAUCGACAAGCUGAAAAACCUGCACUUCACUAUCCGGGGAUUGGUGUCGGGCACGGCUUACUACGUCCAGGUGUCCGCCUACAACAUGAAGGGCUGGGGUCCCCCGCAAGCCUCUGUGCCCCCUUUUGCCAUCCCUUCCAACUGGCGGGAGUACGAUGGCCGGGCUCCACGGCGGAGGGGACAAGCUGAAGCUCUGGACCAUCUGCUGGGCCAGGUGAAGACCGUCCACCAGCACUGCGUUUGCCACGAGCCCUGCAAGAACCAGCCCCAGAGCAGGAAGCACUCGGUCUCCAAGAGCCUCAAGCAUCUCUUCCACCCUGGCAGCAAGUUUCUCAAGACGCUGAAGCGGGGCCUCUACCUGACAGCCAUCUUCUACAAGGAUGACAACAUCCUGGUGACCCAUGAAGACCAGAUCCCCGUGGUGGAGAUUGAUGACACCUACUCCUGCCUGCUUAUGCAGGAUUUUCUCUGGUUCACCAAGGUGUCGUGCAUGUGGGAUGAGAUCCUAUGGCUGCGGCAGUGUGUCACCGUCUCCCAGUCGUCCUGUUCCUGUGUCCUGCAGACACGCUUCAAGAUGCUGCUGGCCAUCUCGCAAAUGCAGGGCCUGCUGGGCAUUCAGGACCUGGGGCAGGUCUUCUUUGAGCCUGUCAAAGACAAACAGGGCAACAUCCUCAUCGUCACCCUGAAGGAGGUGAAGACCAACCAGACCUUUGAGAGCGUCCGCUGGGUUCCCGUCUGCAAGCUGCAGACCAGCCGCAAGUCCGUGUCCUCCCCGGAGGAGCCCACCGCUCUGGACACGCUGCUGAUCUCCGUCCAGGACAAGCUGGCUUACCACCAGCGGAGCAGCCAUGCCCUGUCCCCGGGCCUCUACCUGGGCUACUUGAAGCUCUGCAGCGCUGUGGAUCAGAUCCGAGUGCUGGUGCCGGAGCGGCUCCCCAACAUCCUGUGCCACGUCAAGAUUCGCUCCAACCCCAACAUCUCCAGGGAGGAGUGGGAAUGGCUGCAGAAGAUGGCCAGCAUGGAGGAGCCUGUUCCUGCGGAGCCAGAGGCUGAGACCUCCCAGAACCACUUGUUCCAGGAGCUCCAAGUAGCCAUCAAGGAGCUGAUGACCCUGGUCAACAUCCCAUUGCAAGAGGCCAAAGAUUUCCGUCUGUACAGCCAAGAGGUGCUGGACUUUGGGGGCCAGGUCUCCUUCCUGCUGCUGCUGCCUCCAUCGGACGACGUCUGCACUGCUCCGGGACAGAACAACCCUUACACUCCUCGCUCCGGCUUCCUCACGCUGCCGCUGCAGAUCUUCGAGCUAGUCCACUUCUUCACGUACGACCGAGAGUUCAUCACCCAGUAUUGCCAGGUGUCCGCCCUCCUGGAGCUGGAGUCGCUCCUCUCUCAGCAGAGCCUCAGGGAGGCCUUCUCCGAUGCCGAGCUCUCCACCGCGAAGCAGAGGCACCAGCAGGUUCAGGACUACAUCCAGCAAAUGGAGGAGAUCUGGCGUGAGAUGCGCUGGAUUAUGGAUGCCCUGCAACACGCCCGGUACAAGCAGCCCUCCUGUGGGGUGUCUCUCAGCGGCUUCCUCAGUGAGGCCGGCGGUGCAAUGAAGGAGAAAACCCGAUCCACUUCGUCCCACCUUGACUACCUUCCCUCCCCGGCGCCCUCACCAGAGACCAGCCGUAAGCUCAACUCCGACUCACACGGGCUGUCGGAUGAGGAGGGCUCCUCGGAGGUGUUCCUGGCCACCGACAGCGACUACGACUCCAGCAGGGCACAGAGCCCAAAGGAGCUCGACCUGGUGUACUCCUCCUCAGGGCCUGAGUGCUGCAGCAGAAGAGUCGCCCGCACACUCCGGGACAGCGCCCCGGAUGUCCUGCAGACCCACGAGCUCAAGACCCCACCACCGCCACCACCACCGGAGGAGCCCCAGCCGCCCCCCGAGCUCUAUGACAGCGACUUUGUCCUGCCCAGCCGACAGAUCGAGCUGCUGCGCAUCACGGAGAAGCGGCAGGCGUACUGCCUCCCCGACGGAGAGCAGGACGACGGGCCACUGCGGCCAGCUCAGGCUAGGGACUGGCUCGAUGCCCAGCCCUGA